AUGCCCCUUGACAUGACUCGUUCGACUGCAAACGCGCUACGACGCGAAAUUGCCGGGAACGCAGCGCACGUCACGUCUACUCUCAAUCACCUCACAAUUGCGGUCAAGAUGGCAGAAACACCUGCGCCAGAGCACCAAGUCCCAUCACAGCCAGCUUCGCCGUUGCCAAAACGCACCAAAUACACAGAGCCGGCGGCGAACUUGACCGUUGCCUCACUAACUUUCCCAGCAAUGCUGAACGACCAAGCUCCAACUCCCACACCCGGCACACCAAAUCAGAAUUCCCUCGCAAACCCACUCUCGCAAAUGUCUGGACCAACUCAAGCCACCGCCUCGUACCCUCCACCUGCCCCAGGCAGCACCUUACCCUCGAUGUCCAUGCCGAUGCCGCCAAUGGGUCAGAUGCCUCAGAUUCCGUCAAUGUCUUUUGAGCCGCCGCCUCCAGCAUUGCAAGUCAAAUUGCUAUCGGAAUCCGCGAAGCCUCCGACCAGAGGUUCAGAAUACGCAGCAGGCUAUGACUUGUAUGCUUCGAAGGACGCGGUGGUUCCAGCCCCCUCUAUUAAGCUCAUUCAGGCUUCUGCCGUUUUGGAUUUAACCGAAGAUGAUUUCGAUUUUCUGACGAGAGCGGGAGUGAUAGACGCAGAUUACCGUGGUCCGGUGAAGGUGCUGCUCUUCAACUUGAGCGACGUCGACUUCCAAGUGGCGGUCGGUGAGCGUGUCGCACAGCUCAUCAUCGAGAGGAUCUAUACGCCACAGGUUCUGGUUGUGGAGCAGCUCGAAGAGACCGUUCGUGGUGCUGGAGGCUUUGGCUCUACAGGCGGUUUUGGGGGUUCCCUACCUCCGAUCAACCACCCAUCCACCGCAGGGGCUCGGCAACCUGGAAAAACUGCUUGGAUGCGAUCGGCUGAGCCGAGUCACUUGACGAAUCACACGACAUUCGGGAAGGAAUGGUUGCCUUUUCGCAGUCUCAAAAAGCUAAACUAUCAGCAUCGAUGGAAGUGUUCGCAUACGACAGCGCAAGCUUGGCCUGUGAGAUCUGGAUUCUAGGAUCGGUGCUGCAGACUACCUUAAUAACACUAGAUCGUGAUAACGACCUUAGAGAAGUGUUUCUGGUUCUCUAACCAGUCGUACGCUCUCUUGGCCUCUCCUAGCUCCCAGGCUCUGAAGUCUGUGACUGGCCCCACGUUUUUCUCUUCCACAAAUUUCACCAUCUCUUUGAACUGGUUGCGACUGCCGAGGAGUAUCCCUCGCACUGUGCAUGUAUGCCAAAGCGCCUUCAACAUUGGGACUGGCUCUGGCACUGCGCCUCCGAGCAGACCUGUCAAGGCAAUGACUCCAUCGGUUCGGAUCGCCUCUAGCGACUGUGGCAAUGUGCUGUCGCCACCAACAUCAACGAUCAGAUCAAAUCCACGCGAGUCUGGCGUGAGUUCGCGAGCUACCGUUGCCCAUUUCGGGUGCUGGCGGUAAUUCACGACGUGCUUCGCUCCCAGGUCUUUCAACAGCUUGGCCUUCUCGCUGUUAGACGUUGUCGCAACCACAUUUGCUCCUGAGCUGGCGGCGAACUGUAGCGCAGCAACGCUCACACCUCCGGUACCUUGCACCAGAAUCCAGCUUCCUGCCGUGGCAUCCUGUCCCUUCUGGCCAAACAAUGCAUUCCAAGCAGUCAAACCGCUACACGUGAGCGUUGCCGAUUGUUCAAACGUGAGAUUCCUCGGCGCGUGAACCAACGCGGAUUCAUGAAAGUUGCCAUAUUCGCGAAGAGUGCCGUCAACGCUCUGGCCAAGGCCCUCGCCAAUAUCCUUGAGCACUGGCAUAUGUCCGUCGGAUGUGUGAGGACACAUGUGAGUGACGACACGAUCACCAGGCUUGAACUCACUGACGGCACUCCCUACCGCUUCUACCGUUCCAGCACCGUCGCUUCCCGGGACAACGUUAACUCGAUGCUCGCCAGGAGAUGCGCCCUUUCAAAUUUCAGCAUGCCGACAACAUAGCCGAGACUUCGAGCCAUACCUUCGCUAUCAUCAAAUCCCGAUAAUUCAAUGAAGCUGCAUGAAGCUUUACUCGCACCUCAUUUGCCUCCGGCGAGCCCAGCGUAGCAUCUGGGACCAGCACCAGCGAACUCACUCCUUUUCUCGUGGGGAGAGUCCAUUGUGAAGUGACCGUCUGCUCGUUGUCGCCUCCAGUCAUCCUCGGGUUUUACGUAGUUAUUCAUAAUGGAUGGGCAUUCCUCUGCUUAAA